AUGACGCUGCGAUUCGGAGUGAUCAACGACACGCCGAUCCUACGUAUGGAACUACCCAACUUGGCUCACGUGGCGAUGGUGCUCAAAACCCUGCUCACGCUGUACGAUCUCCAAUUUUGCGUCGAUCGCGUCGUCUCGGCGCUGAGCGCGGCGACCGAGGAGAUCGACGCGAAGUCGACAGCUCACACUUCGAACAAAUGCACGUCUGGGGGCUGCAAGACCUGCACUCGUAAACACAAUACGUUGCUGCACUUGCAGACGACGGUCUCCGAACAAGCGGAGUCAAGCGGCAACAAAAAGACCGAUAAAGGCCCAUCGGGGCCAACUGUUCCGGACGCGACGAGGUUCGGUUGGAUCUUGGGUGGUCGGACGGGCACGCGCGUUGCGCAACACCAGAGGGUAGUCGUUCUUCACGCUACCAUAAGCAACGCCGAAUUGCAUAAUCAGCUCCAACGGUUUUGGCACAUGGAGGACAUUCCCAACAAUUCUAAUAAUUAUACUGUUGAGGAGCAAGCCUGCGAAAGGCACUUUUUGGAGACUGUUAGUCGCGAUCCGCAAGGCCGAUACGUCGUUAAACUCCCUCUAAAGGAAGGUUGGGCCGACAAGCUCGGAUAUUCGAGGGAAAUUGCAUUGAAUCGUUUCCGCGCAUUGGAAAAGCGUUUUGACCGCGACCCUGCCUUAAAAGGGCUCUAUUCCGAAUUCAUGGAGGAGUACAUCGCGUUAGGGCACAUGGAGCUAAUAAGCGAGCAAUCGUCGAAUGAACAGGGUGUCUAUUAUAUACCUCACCAUUGUGUUUUUAAAGAAACUGCUGAGGGACCUAAGAUACGCGUAGUGUUUAACGCCUCGUGUAAAACUGAUACCGGAUUCUCUCUAAACGAUCUCAUGCUUGUCGGUCCGGUCGUUCAGCAAGAUCUCGCAUCCAUACUCCUGCGUUUUCGCAUUCACAAAUUCGUACUUGUGGUUGACAUAACAAAAAUAAUCUUCUGGCGUAAAGACAAUUCAAAGAUUGAAGUGUAUGAAUCAGUGGUCGUCACCUACGGAACCGCUGCGGCCGCCUUCGUGGCUACAAAUACGAUAAAGCAUCAUGCAAAGCAACGUGCGCGAGAAUAUCCUCUUGGUUCACUGUGCGUAAAGCGAAACUUUUAUGUUGAUGAUAUGCUCACGGGCGCCGAUUCGAUCAAAGACGCUCUCGCGAUUCGCGAUCAGACUAUACAGUUACUUAAGGAAGCGUCGUUCGAACUCAGCAAAUGGGGAUCUAAUUGCCCCGAACUGCUAACGGGCGUAAGCUGUCUUGGAGAAAGAGUUGUAUCGCUUGAUAAGGAAAACGAUGUUCGUAUUUUGGGCAUUCUCUGGGACCAGGAUGGCGAUUUCUUCCGAUUCUCUUAUGAACGCAGCCUCGUCUCCGGUCCCGUGACCAAGCGUUCAAUAUUAUCCGACGUAUCCCGAUUGUUCAACCCGCUAGGUUUGCUAGGCCCCACCAUCGUAGUUGCGAAACUCGCAUUACAGGAUUUCUGGCAAUCGGGUCUUGAUUGGGAUGAGUCAGUGCCUCAGGAUACUCACAAUGGCUGCAGUUUAAAUUACAGCUGCCCAAUAUCAAGCAGCUACGGAUUCCUCGCUGCGUCAGGGGUUGUGCCGACUGUCAGGACAUCGAGCUACACGGCUUUUGCGACGCUAGCCAGUGCGCUUACGGUGCAUGUGUAUACGUUUGCACCAAAGUAG